AGUUUUUGCGAGUGUACAUUUUCAGCCUACGUUUCGAAGCGCAUACAUUUGCAACUCACGCUAGCAUGUUUGUGUUCGCUUCUGCGUGUUCACAGCUUCAUAUUCACCUCAUCGCAUUUAUCAGCUCGUUCAUUCACAUAGCUCAGCGUUCAGCAGAUCACGUUGAUGGCAACAUAUUGAUCGCUUCGCAUAAAACCAUAUAGUCAGAUUUAACGUUCGACCACCCCCAGCUUGCAGUUUUCCCGGAAAUUGCUUCUGGCAAAAUUAAAACUUCCCUUUUUUUAUUUACUUGUUCAUGCCUAUUUGAGCAUACAACACAUAGUAUAAUAUCCCCUGCGACUUUCGCUCACUGAGAAAAAAAAGAGUUGACUCUUCUUCCCCCCUCGAGUCAUUUACUCUAUCAUAAAAAAAAAAAGGAAAAAUGCAAUCCAAGUUUUGGGCCAAGGGCGCGGAUGACGACAGUGGGGAUAACAUUACUGAAUCAUCCGACGAUGAAGUUGAUGACAAGAAGCCCCUAGUAUCAGCGCAGGCGGAGCGCUGGGCAGCCAUUGACAGCAGCAGUUCGGAGGAAGAAGAAAGAGUAAUAAAAAGCUAUGAAGGAAAGAGAAUAGAUUUCUACAAAAACAUUGGGAACAGUCUAAAUGAGAGCAUGGAAAGUAGUGACUUCAAUCAGCUGCUAAAGGAUUAUGAGAGUUUAUACAAAUUUAUGGUUAAGGAAAGUUCUGAACGGAUCCCAAAUUUUGCCAUUGUGUAUUUGGACAAACUUUCAAAAUAUGUGGAGACAACAUUUCAGAACAAUGUGGAGAAGAAGGACCUCAGUAAGAGCAAAGCACAGACGCUGAACAAGUUAAAGGCGAAGAUCAGAAAGUGCAGUGCGUAUUAUCAGAAUAAACUGAAUCUGUACCAUGAGAAUCCGGAGGAAUUUAAGGCCGCCAUGGAGAAUGACCUGGAUGAUGAAGAAGACGAAAACGAUGAUGAAGAGGAAGAAGAAAGUGAAGAUGACGAAGCGGAGGAUGAGGUAAAAGAAGGGACGAAAGAAAAGGCGAAGGAGGAGAAGACCCCUGGAGAAGAGGACAGCGAUGAUUGGUCAAACAGUGAAGAGGAAGAAUAUGUAUCCGACGACGCAGAUGAUAAAACGAAAAGUGCUAUGAGCAAAUGGGGAUUGAAAACGAGUGAAAAAGUGGAGAAGAAAAAAGUACUAAAGACGAAGGUGAAAAAGGAAGGAACGAAGAAGGAAGAAAAGGUAACCCAUGUGGACGAAAACCAAUCUGCAAAGAAUAAAGCAUAUGCAGAAUUGUUAAGCACGAAAAAUUUAUCAGAAGAGGUCAUAAGAAAUAGAGUCAAAUUUGUGAUUGAAAAGAGGGGUAGGAAAGGAUUAGACAAACAUGAGCAUAUUAACAUUUUGUCCAAGUUAUGUGAGCUAGCCAAAACAGUAAGCACACAGUCCUACAUAGAAGUACUGGAACAGUUGAUUAACCUCGAAUUUGACGUCGUCUCAAGUUUAUACACCUAUAUGUCCUUCAACAUUUGGAACAAGGCCUUCAAAUACAUUGAGCUUAUCCUAGAUUUGCUAAUUCAGAACGAGAACUUUUAUUUAGUGUCCAUCAAUAUUACGGAGGAAAUUACUGAAGAGGUUAUAAACGAGAAGGAGAAAAUUUCCCGCUCUUGUAAGACACUUAUAUCAUUUUUGGCCAAAUUGGAUGAUGAGUUGCUGAAGGCGCUUAUAUAUAUAGAUGCCCAGACGGAGGAGUACAGGAGGAGGUUGGGAAAAACUGUCCACAUGAUUGGUUUGCUUUACAAAGGGUACAAUUACGUGAAGUUUAACAAAAAAAUGCCCGAACUGGCUAUAUUCAUUUCGACGAGGAUUCUUGAGCACAUGUAUUACAAACCGGAAGCACUGUUCAUGCAGGUAUGGAACUUCAUCACAAAUGGUAAGGAUAACAAUUCCCUGUCGGUGGAUGCGGAGGGAAGCAGCAACCCAAAUGGGAAGGCAGACCACUACGCGCAAGCGAAUGGCGAUGCCACAAAUGGUGCAGAGAAAGUGCCCACCAAAGGGGAAGACAACAUUUCGCCAAAACAGAUCGUUGAAAAAUAUGUGUACGAAAUAUUCGAGCAUGGAACGAAGCAGCAGAAGGUGAAGGCACUGCUCCAGUUGUCCUUCCAUAGAAGCUUGCACGACGAAUUUUUGGAAGCAAAGGAAUUAUUAAACGUUUCCAAUGUGCACGAACUGGCGCUAAGUUCAGAUAUGCAAACGCAAAUUCUUUACAACCGAAAUUUGAUUCAGUUAGGAUUAUGUGCCUUUAGACAUGGGAAAAUAUUCGAGGCCCACUGUUGCCUAGGGGAAAUAUGCUCCCAAAAUAAGCACCGAGAGUUGAUCGCCCAAGGAGUAUCAAACUUAAAGAAUCAGGAAAAAACUCUAGAACAGGAAAGAGCCGAAAAGAGAAGACUACUCUCCUUCCAUAUGCACAUUUCAAUUGAGCUAAUUGAAUGUGUGAAUAACAUCUGCGCAAUGCUGUUGGAAGUACCCAAUUUAGCUAGACAUUCAUUUGAAUCCAAGAAGGAUAUUAUUUCGAGGCAGUUCAGACGAUUCCUAGAUAUAUAUGACAAGCAAGUUUUUAAUAGCCCCCCAGAAAAUAAUAAAGAAAUUAUUUUACUAGCCACAAAAUAUUUGCAGAAAGGAAAUUGGAAAAUGUGUUGUGAAAAAAUAUUUAGCUUAUCCAUUUGGUCUAAAUUUAAUGAUAGGGAAAAAGUACAGAAUAUACUACGCGAAAAAAUUAAACAGGAGGCUAUGCGAACAUACAUUUUUAGAUACAUUUCCAUAUAUGACUCCUUCUCUGUGGACCAGCUAUGCAUAAUGUUCGACCUCAAUCAGAAUGUCGUGCAUUCCAUUUUGAGCAAAAUGAUGAUAAACCAUGAGAUUCCUGCGUGCUGGAAUGAAAGCAGCAGUCAUAUUCUCAUCAACAAGGUGAACCCCACGGCCCUCCAAACCGUGGCAAUCAAAUUGGCCGAAAAUAUUAAUGAGAUUAUGGAGCAGAACGAGCUGACCCUGAAUAUGCGCAACCCGAAGUUCAUGUUCAUGCAGGAGAAACGCACGCAGAUGAAGGACGAGAAGUCCAACUGGUCACACAAGAAGGGCGAUGGCAAGUACGGAAAGGGUUACCACCAGCACAAAAACCCGCACUACAAGAAGAACUACAAGGAAAAGAGCAUGCCCAAGGGGUUUGCUUAA